UGAGCUUGAAAUUGCGCUAAAAGCGUAUGAUGUCAGCAUUAUUCCCAUAGUGGCUGUCACAAACAUUAAGCGAAAGAUCAGUAUAAAAUAUUAACAAUUUUUUGUUGAUACGCUUCUUCAUAAAGUAGUAUGAAAGUAAACUUGAUGUGCUACGGUGUCCUUAAUCUUACUUGUCUGUACAUAAAAUAUCCGGCUCAAGGUAAUACAGCAAUAGGCUGCGCAAGGCUGUAACCAUACCUCUCUACCUGUAAUACACGCUAAUCCCCUCAAUCGAUCUUGAUGAAUUUCGGCGAAACGACAAGCUUCAGAACAAAACUUACGAAAUGCAAAUUUCACGCAGUCAAAAAGUGAGCGGGGGUGGAAUGAGUGCUGUGAGGCGAUCACCGACUUCAUUGGAGAAUCUGAGUAUACACUUACACUGUCCCGUACUAUACUAUAUAUAUCGUCCGUAUCAUUACGUUAAAAAUGUUUUUAUUAACGUUCGGUUUUUCAUUCAUUCAAACUCAACCCCCACCUUCUUCAGCCAAUCCUCAGCCGCUUUCUUCUAUGCCUGCUUGUCAAGCUGCUGGCGGUGUUACGUAGCAGCCAGUAUGACCUCUAAAAGUUAACAUAAAACUUUUUUUUUUUCCCCAAGUUACUUUGUGUAACGUUUACUUACAAUAACAAAAUAUAACGCGUGUUUUGUUUUCAUAAUGACUUCGAAAUGUUCUCCACUACCCACCGCUUGCAAACACGGACGUGCAACCGCGUUUACUGCAGCCCUACGGAGUCUAGUCAACAAUCCUGAAUUCAGUGAUGUAAAAUUUUUGGUGGGUAAAGAGAGGAGAGAGGUGUUUGCCCACCGCUGUAUUCUUGCUUGCCGAUGUGAAGUUUUUCAUGGCAUGUUCAGCCAUCAUUUCCAACGUUCAGUUGUUAAGGAGUGGUUGGAAGAACCCCUUGUGCUCUCUGAAGUGCAGCCAGAUGUGUUCUUGGCAGUGAUUGAGUUUCUGUACACCAAUUGUGUAUCUUUGAACAAGAUCAUUGCUUUGGAAGUUUUAACAUCGGCUGUGGAAUAUGGUCUGAAUGAUCUUCGAAAGCUGUGCAUAGAAUUUAUCACUGAUACAUUAACAGCUGAAACAGUUUCUGAGGCAUUCCAGGCUGCAGUGACAUUUGGCCAAAUUGAUAUGAGGGACAAGUGCCUUGAGUUCAUUGAAAAUUGCACAAAGGAAGUUGUAUCCACCCGUGGAUUUUAUGAGCUAUCUGAUGUGGCGCUGUUGUUUAUUCUGAAAAGUGAUCACCUCCUGAUAGAUGAAUUGGAGCUUCUGUUGGCUGUUCGUGAGUGGGCUCAUGUCAACGCACUGGUAUUAGAGCGUCCCAUUGCCGAAGUAGCUAAGGAAGCUGUAAGGGAGGUGCGACUCUUUCUGCUGUCUCCAGAAGAGCUCACCAAGCUUGAAAAUGAAAACCAUAAAGAUAAUCUAAUUCCAGUGGAGCAGAUCGCAGAAGUCUGGAAGUUUCAUGCUCUAAAGAAGUGGAGCCCAGGGGCUCAAUCCCAUCUGCUGCAGAGACGCAAGGGCACCCGACGCCGAGAACACCACCGUUACUUAAACCAUUCACAUAAAUGAAAAAGUCAUGGUUGAAAUAUCCCUAUCACCAUUUCUGUUCAUAGGGAGAUGUAAAUACAUACAGUGUACCUCCUCCUCCUAUUUAUAUAUUCUAUUAAAGGGAACAGCUGCCUUUCUGUUAUGCAAGGUGUACAGUAUACAAAAUGACAAAGUAACAGACUUGUUCUGAGGGUUUUAUUUUUUUGUCUUUUCAAGCAGCAAUCAUUAUGCAGGUGCUAUACACUUGUCUUUCACAAGUUCUCAAUGUUUGUGUUGUUAGUCUUAUGUUAUUUCUCUGUCUUUGCUAAUUUUAUAUUAUUUAUUUAUUUAUUUUGACUUAUUUUUCUAGAAAUUUAAAAUCAGUUAUCUUUGCUGUAGUAUUGAUAAAUUAUCAAUUAAUUGUUGCAUCUUUCUGUUUACAUUUAAGAUCCUUGAAAUUUGUUAAAAUAUUUUUCCAAAGCUAGUCUAUUUCACUAAACCUUUAUACUUUUUAUGUCUUGUAUUAAAUAUUGUACUAAAUCAUGUUUACUUUGGUCAUAUAAUGUUUUCAAAGCCAUAUCUUUUCAAGGUGAAACAAUAGACAGGAGUGAAAUUACUGUCAUAUUCCUGCCUUAAUAGUAUUAUAAUUUCUUAAUAUUAGUUUCCAGUACUCUUUGGAUAUUGAAUACUAUAAAUAUAAUAAAUACAAAUAUUUGUAGUCAUAAUUAAAUUCAAGAGGAAAAAUGCAGUCAUAAGAAGAAUAACUUGUACUAGGACUAUAUGGUCAUAAAACAUUUUCACUGAAUUUAAAAAGAGAAGUGCACAUCUAGAGAGUUUAAAUGAAAUUGAUAACCUUUUUUUUAACCACUGAAGUGUUUCACGCUAGUCAUCUGUAGGUGGUCUUAAAGAUACUCAUUGUUGAUGACAAUAAUUACUUCAGUUGUCAACAAUCAUUAAUCAUUUCACAUGUCUUGAUAGUUAAAUAUUAUAAGCAAAGAAUGCAUUUUUUCAGUCAAUUUUGUGUAAAUAUAGUUAUCCUACUUUGAAAGGUACUUCAGACAUAUUUUAGAUAUGAUUAGAUUUUUGCUUUCUUUCUUUGUAGUGUUUCUAAAUUAACUGUUCCAAAUAUCGGUCCCGUGUGUAGUAAAAUAUAGCACAGUAUGAAAACUGGCACAAGAUUUAUGAAGGACAGUGGUUCUAGGUCAUUCUUAAUGAGGUUUUAUAUUUUUUCUUUUAAUUUUAAUCUCUGAGAUUCGUGACUAAAUUACUUACAAGUAAAAGAUGUUACUAAAGUUGUCAUGAUGCAAAUAUUUGGUAAGGGGUAGUCUGAAUUUUAGGCAGAUGAUUUAUGAUGUUAAAAAAAACAAUUGUUAGUUUCAAUAAAUUGGUUAUUUUUUCCAUGCGUACAAUUGAACUUUAUUCACAUAACCAUUUUAAUUACCAACAAGGUAAACUGAUUGGUUGAAAUUGCGAUCUGUCUAUACAGUACAUCCUUUUUAAAUUUGGUUAAUCCAGUAACAAACAUUUUUCAAUGUUAUUCAGUCCUUAGAAUGCUCAUCCAACUGCAGUUAGCCAUUGCUAUUUCAUAGUCAUCAGUUAAGCCAACUUGCACAUCUCUUGGAUGAGGGAGGAAAGCAAAAGUAUCCAUAAAAAUAACACCACUUGGCAAAACAUGCAAAUUCCACAUAGAAAGAGUGCAGCUGGGACUUAAACCCAAGACUCUGGAGCUACAAAGCAGCAGUGCUAACCAUCAUGCCAGCAGGUUGCUUCUAUGUUAUGUCCUUUUCUUUUUAUUAUUCUGCCAUCAUCUUUAAAACAUACCCUUCUCAAAAUAGAAAAAUAGAAUUGUGCAGAAAUUGAAGAAUAUAAUUUGUCUGUCGUAGAUGUAUUUUUUAUAACCUGUACCAUGCGUUUUUUUUUUUUUAUUAUUAUUCUCUGGAAGCAACAUACAACUUCACCAUAUGCAGCUUUGAUUUUCCACUGCUUAUAAAAUUGGAAUUUAUUGUAUAAUGUUUAAUAUAUAAAUUAAAUACUUGUUUCUAAUCUUAGAUACUUUUACAUCUUCCCUUAGUGUGUGUAUUUCUGUGCAUCAUGCUUUUAUUUAAAACUUGAAACCUCCAUGUAUAUUAGAAGUUCACAAGCUGCUUUUGAUUAUCCACCCAAAAUUAUACUGUCUGUUCAGCAGAUAAUAAAUUGAAGUGCCAGCCCCUUAAAGUGUACAGUAGUUGCUCAAGAAGCCAGUUUCUUUAGAUUUGAGUGGCUUACAAUAGAAUUUUGGCAACAGUUUUCUUGUAUAGUGUAAACUUAACAAAAUCAGUUUAAGUGAAUGCAGUUUUAUCAGUUAACUAUUAUUACUUCUCCCAGGCAAUAAUUGGUAAGUAACUUGAAAUCAUUAGUUUAUACUUUGUUUAUUUAUAUAAACAGUGUAGGUCAAUUAUCCCAUAGUCAUCUGGUUAAAGUUACUGUGUCAAGGAGCACCAUUUAUAAAAUGUUAUGUAAAUUGCAAAAGUAACUAAAAGUGAUGCAUUUAUUACUACCUUUCCAUUAAUUUAUUAAUUGUCUGAAACAAUUUUUUACAAGCAUUGCUAUUAACUGUGGUGUUUUUUUUUUUUCAAUGAAAAAAUUAAAAGAAAAGAAUACCACAUUCUGAAUUUAGCAUUUAUCUUGCAAAGUACUGAUCGUGAUUUUAGCUAUUUUUAUUAUGAGAAUGUACAGUACUUGGUGGACUAUUAAUAUUAUUAUUAAGCCUUAUACAUGGCAACUUUAAAGAUACAAUUAGUAACAUUUCUUUUUGGUUUACAAUCAUAGCACAUGCAGGUGACGUGUCUUGCUCACACAAUGUCAGUUGUGGGAUUUGAACCCACAACCUCAGGGCUUGAAAUACAAAGUCUUAUCCACUACACCACACUGCCUUACUUAUUUGUUAUAAAAUGCUUUUGGUUUGAGUUAUUUUACAUAUUUUCAUAUAUUUGAUAAUUGAGAAGUUAAAACAUGCCAGGCAUUUUACCUUAUUUUUUUUACCAUACUGUUUGACAUUUUACAUAAAUUGGCAAGAAUAUUUAACAUUCAUCACUUGUCACAUACUGUAAUAUGCAACUGUUCCAGUUCAAAUAUAUUCUUAUAUGUAUAAAGUACAUUGCAAUUCUUACUUGCAUGUCUGACCAACGUGGCACAUCCCCAUUCUUUAUUGUCUGGCAUUGAAUUGAACAAUGAGUUAAGUUGAAUUGGACAAUGUCUAGCAUGUCACUAAUGUGUGGAUUAUGAAAUAUAAUACAUAAACAGAACAAUGGCAUUUUCAGCCUUAUUUUAACCAGAUGUGUAUCCAUGACAUCAGUUUAUUUCUUAUGUAUUAUACUGGUUGUCUAUUGCAUGUCUAAUUUGUUCAGUGUUAUAAUUUUAUUAUUGCUGGACUGUUCCAGCAGUAUUUAUCAGUGACUUUAAACCUUUACAAUUGAAUUACUAAUAUUUACUUAGUAUUAAUUUGAGGUACACAGCAAAGUGAAGCCUUUGUAUGAAAUGUUAUAUACUUGAUAUAGGACAUACACACUCCAUGUAAGGGAAAACUCUGAAUUUUGAAUUGUAAUCAUAGUAAUGGAGAAAUCAUUUUGCCUGAUGUUAUGGUUGCUGAGUUUUCACAUCAUAAACUUUAGUUUAUUGCGGUGUUCUUUAUGUAAAUUACAAAAUAUAUGUCAUAUACUUGUGAGAAUUGUCUAUUAUAAAAUGGUUUUGCUGUUUUUACAACUUAAGGCAUAGUGGUUAUAUACACAUAUCUUGGGUUAGUAGUUCUUCUAGAUGUGUUUCAUUGCUCGUCUAAACUCUUAUACUGUAUGUGUUUUCUGCUCAAACAAUUUUUUUUUUUUUUUUAACAAAACUAAUUUUUGCAGGUUAGAAAAACUACUUAUUUAGCAGGCUUAAGAUUUUGACUGCUUAGGCCUGGUUAUUGUAGUUUUUAGUUAUAUUUAAGGAAGUUAGUGUACAGUAGGUACUGCAUCAACGUGCAUCUACGAAGGAAAAAAUGUUAACCUUUUUUUCCUCAGUUAUAUUUAUAUUCACAUUGAAUACUUUACAAAUCUAUUUUUGUAUGUAAUAACCGGCAGUUGUGGAGUGGUCAUGUUUUAUUUACAGAUUUUUAUUUUAUUUUUUUUUUUUUUACUCCAACACUGUUUAUGUACUUUAUAAUAAACUUGCACUGUCUUUUGUAUCUUGAAAACACAUUGUUUUAUAGAAUGAAUAGUCAGAGGAUUUGUAAAUCCUUCAUGAAUUCUGUAAUUAUUACCAAUGGUUUGAUUGCUGAGGAGUGCCGCUACUUAUUUACUGGUCAUAGCUGAGAUGCUCCCACUGAUCAGUAUUGCACAAGUUUCUGAUUUAUAGCAUAAAGUAUAUGCUCUUAUUCUAAUGUUUCAUCUGGGCUGUUAGCAAAAUAAGUAACUAAUGGUCUUAAAAAAUGACAAUAAUAAAAUGUAAGCAUGGACAAAACAAAUAAAUUAUU